CUCAGCCUCCUGAGUGCUGGGAUUACAGAUGUGCGCCACCACACCUGGCUUCCUCUCUUAUUCUGAUCACUGAUGGACAUCCCCCAAGUCAGGAAAUAAAUGCUGAGCUCUGCGUCUGCUGCCUGCACAUGCUGAGGCUGGCAGCGAGCCAGGAAGCAUGCAGAAUGCUGUGGUCAGGAAGUGGAGCGUUGGCUUGAAGUGGCUUCCAGCCGUGGCCCAGACUAGCUGCCUUCUCCUGACUCCAGGGACUCUGGGAACCUCGGAAUCAAAGUGGAGGCUGCCACUGGGAGAACCAGAAGGACACAUCCACUGCUCAUGCCUGUGGGGAUCUCCCAGGAGGAAGCCGUGGGCAGGACCUGCACAAGGUGCUGGCUGGCACAAUAUGGAGCGCCUGAACAAAAUGGAGUUCUUCCAGAAGCUGGGCUACAGCCGGGAGGAUGUGGUCAGGGUGCUGGACAAGCUGGGUGACAGCGCCCUGGUCAAUGACAUGCUGCAGGAACUGAUCAGGACAGGCAGCCGCCCUGCAGCUCAGAAGGGCCCAGACAGCAGCCCUGGGCUCCUACUCAUUCCCAGGGGCUCCUGUGGGCCCCCAGAUUCUGCCUGUCGGGUCCUGGGGCCAGCUCUGGAAGAGGACUGCAGUGACCUGGCCAGUUCUCUGCGCCCCAUAGUGAUCGAUGGCAGCAACGUGGCAAUGAGCCAUGGAAAUAAAGAAGUCUUUUCUUGCCGGGGAAUCCAGCUGGCUGUGGACUGGUUCAGGGACAGAGGACACAUCUAUAUCAAAGUUUUUGUCCCAUCCUGGAGAAAAGAGCCAUCCCGAUCUGAUACCCCCAUCAGAGAGCAGCACGUGCUGGAGGAUCUGGAGCGGCAGGCGGUGCUUGUGUACACCCCGUCUCGAAAGGUGAACGGCAAGCGGGUGGUCUGCUAUGACGACCGCUACAUCGUGAAGGUGGCCUAUGAGAAGGACGGCGUCAUCGUCUCCAAUGACAACUACCGAGACCUGCAGAGCGAGAACCCUGAGUGGAAGUGGUUCAUUGAGCAGAGGUUGCUCAUGUUCUCCUUUGUCAAUGAUAGGUUCAUGCCUCCUGAUGAUCCCCUGGGCCGCCAUGGACCCACCCUGAGCAACUUCCUGAGCAGGAAGCCGAGGCCCCCAGAGCCGUCCUGGCAGCACUGCCCUUACGGCAAGAAAUGCACCUAUGGUAUCAAGUGCAAGUUUUACCACCCGGAGAGGCCGCACCGCGCGCAGCUGCUCCAGCAGAACGCGAGCGCCCCCGGCACCCUCCCGUCCCAGCAGGCCCAGCGGUGGGGCGCAGCGGGCUCCAGGGUCCUGCUUCUUCCACGCAGCCCGCGUGACGACCAUUGGGCCCCACUGCCCAGUUCCGACCGCUUUCUGGGUAGCUCGGCAUGGGCGGAGCCGGUGUGGGGCGCUAGCACCCUCGGGGAACCUUCUGGACUGCAACCCCUGCGAAGACGAAACGCAGAGUAG